AUGACCGACCCAAGCUCGUUGGCUCUGGAGCCUCCGGCCUUCGUCCGUCUUCUCAAUCACUUCUUCCGCAAGUGCGGUUAUUUCGUGGCCGACAAUGACAAGACAGUCCUCAUCGUGAGUAUCUCGCUUCCGGUUUCUCUCUUCUUCCGGAGAGCGCUUCUCCAAGGACAAACCACUCUCUCCGUUUUUCUCGAUCUCACUUUCGUUUAGAAGGGCAUUAAAUGCGUUUUCCCUCUGACAAGCCCUUCCUCGUUUUUUUCAUGUAUUUAUAUGUUUUUCAUCGGUUUUUUCUCGCCCGCUAACGACAUUGACAGCAUGCCGCAAAAAUGAAUAGAGGGAGGCGGAGGAGUGAUUGGAUGAAUGCGCAGCCGAUAGAUAAUGGGGUCUUCCGCCCGUCCACACUGCAAAACGGUACGGCUUCUGAAACCGAAAAGUCAUCAAAAGCCCUCCGCGUCUAACUACAAACCACAACAGCCGCGCGAUGAGAAACAGUUGAAAUCAAGUGAUAGUUCAGUCAGACACUCUCUUUCGUAGAUUAAUAUUAUGUGAAUAACCUGUUCACUCGGAAUGGCUUAAACGUACGCUGGACAUGCAGAAGAGGCGCCAAAAAAUGAUUAAUGAGGGGUAGCAUUUCGAAGGGAAACUGUAUAGGAUCUCCGGGAUCACAGAUACGCACAGUGACGUAUCUAUUACGGAUCGCCGAUUUUAAUGGCUUUCUGAUUUGCUACUCGUGGUACUUGGGUGAAAUGAACAGGCGCAACCAGCGAGAUAAGUGACCAUUCAGGGGAUGUAAAUGAACGAAUCCGACUGAAGAUCACUUCAAAUUCGACAGCAAACCGUUCCUUUUCUUAGAAAGCUAAAGUUGAGAGUUUAAAAACCAUUACUUCUGGUCUGACCUUCUGCCCUCUUGACCUCUUAAUUUGCGAGGAGGCAUAUCUCUGCUUAUUAGUUCGAUAUCAGUGGCGAAAAUGGUAUCAUCAAACUCAUCUCGGCGAGAUCUAUGAGAAUAUGUAUGAAUAACUUUCAAAUUCCGAACUUUUCUGACAAGGCUCCUGGGAACAAUGGGCCUUUCCAUCGUCUGUCGGCCAGUGGUCGUCGAUGAGUCGUUGUAAACGGUAACGCCCACUUUCUGUCGAGCCACAUACCAGUGAGAGAGUGACGCACUUCGAGGCCCUGUCCAACGUUUUCUUGCUUUGCAGGUGACCUUACUCUUCACCGUCUUCUGUUCAUCGAAAAUAUGUUUCACGAAACAGGAGGACGACAUCAAGACAGGUAUUUUGUUGCAUUUUGAGUCUCCCGUCUCUCGCCCCUCCGUUGUCUUUUUCUGCGCCGAGACUGCGGUGGCUAUAUGCUUAAUGACGGUGAUAUGACAAAUAGAAUGCCAAAUAUAAGACGACGUCGUCCCGGGUCAUGAGGUCACAGUCUAGAUAAGGAGGGUUGUGAAGUGACGAAGGAGACAUGAGUCAGAAGAAAACAGAAAAAUAAGGGGAUGGUUGCAGGAUACACACCUUAUGGAGCACGAUCCCUUAAGGAAAUCGACGUCUUUUCUGAAUUCUUUGCUUCUUCCGGAGAUCCGAUUGCGGUCUUUUUGUUCGCAACGGCAAAGGACAACUCCUCCAUGGCAGAAUACAAUGCAAUGAAGGAAAUGAUCGACAUUCUGGACAUCGUCGGAGGUAACCUGACUCACAAAGGAGAGUCCUUCUACACAAUGUGCACCGACUUUUGCCACAUCAACGAACCAGUCCGACAAUAUUAUGUGAGUGCAUUUGAGUCUCUCUACAAUAUUCGUCCGUACCAUUUCAGAAUGGACUUGUCAUGCAACAGCAGAACCUUUCCGACGUGAGCUCCAGAUUCCAACUGAACUUCCCGAUGAUGCAGGUUCUUGGCAAAGAACUCGAUCUCAGUCCCAACUUUUUCGGUGUUCGAACUGAUGUAGACGGAAAAGUGGAGUACGUGAAGAUAGUGAUGCUCCAGGUCAGAGCUAACAUUCCGAAGAAUUGGAAGAAGGAAGACGCGGCCGAGUACGAACGAAUGAUCUCACAAUACUUCCACUUGUGAGUAGCAUCGAGCCAAGUAAGAUUUCUAACUUUUGUCUUGUAGUCAGUACAACUCCACGUAUGUCACUCCACUCGCCAUGAGUCUCACGUACACUGGAGAUGAAGUCGUCCGAACGGGUCUCACCAUCUUCCCGUUCAUCGGCGUCGGAUUCGCCAUCAUGACCGUUUUCUCUGUGAUCACCAUCUACUACAGCAGCUCGCGACUCGAUCAAUGGACCAUCCACAAAGUGUCUGAAGCCGUCCUCGGAUGUGUCUGUCCCCUUCUUGCCACGUCAUCAGCACUCGGAGCUCUUUUCUGGUUCGGCUUCAGAUUCGGAACUAUCCUCUGUGUCACGCCUUUCUUGAUAUUGGCUAUUGGUAAGUGACACCUUCUGACUUUUGUCUUCAAAUUUCCUUUCAGGUGUCGACGACGCCUACCUCCAAAUUCACGCGUGUAUGCGUCUGACAAGAGAAGACAGCGGAAUGACCAAGAGAGAAAAGUAAUCGAGGCCGAAUUGGACCAAACCAAUAUACUUUUCAUAUUCAGAAUUGCUCGAAUGCUCGUGGAGGUCGGCCCCUCAAUCGCCAUCACUUCCAUGACGAAUCUGCUCGCUUUCCUCGUCGGAAUCUACACCCCAACUCCCGAAAUCUCUUUGUUCUGUGCUGGAAAUGCGGUCGCCAUCCUGUUCGAUUUCGUCUAUCAAAUCACAAUGUACACUGCGAUUCUAUCGAUUUGCGAGAAUUUGGAAAUGCGGAAGAACGCAACGAAACGAAAAGAUUCAGGACUGAGCUUCAAAAACGAACACUUCACAGUGAUGCUGGACAGCUACUGCGACUGGGUCGCCAACGCCUACACUCAUUUGCUGGUGCUCUUCUGCUUCCUUGUCUACUUGUUCGUCUCGAUCCGUGGAGCCCUCAACAUCAACAUCAUUCUUUCUCCGGACAAGUUGGUCAUCGGCGAUUCUCCCCUUCUGCAGGUCAACUAUCUGCGUGACCAGUUCGUCCUUCCCAAUUAUACCACAGUCAACAUUUUUGUACAAAAUGUGAGAAAAGAUACCGGUUUAGGGGGGUUUAAUUGCAUUUCCGUUUUUGCAGCCUGGCAAUCUGACAGUGCAGACAAAUUUGGAUUACAUGAACUCGCUCAUGGAAAGUUUCGAAUCGUAUCCGGAAUGUCUCGGAAAGAAGUUCAGCCAUUACUUUGUGCGAGAUUAUGAAUCAUUCCGGGAAGCGUCGAUUGAAGAACUAGAAAUGAUGGAGGACGAGGAAGAAGGGCAUUCGAACAGGACGGCACUCGAACCAUUCUCAAAGAAGGCGAUGGCAGACUUCCUUGCGUGGCCUGAAUUCCAACAUUGGAAUGGAUUCGUCAAGUUCGACAAGAACGGAAUGCUUUCCAGAUUCUGGGCAACUGUCUCUUAUCAUGGGGAAGGCCUCGGAGACUUCCAAGUGAGAAGGAGGAUGUUGAACAGAUGGAGGGCCACUGCCGACCAGUUCGCUCCCCUCAACGUCUCCAUCUUCGAUGACUAUGCUCCGUUUGUGGAUACUCUCGAGACCAUCCUUCCGGCAACCAUUUCCACGUCAAUAUGCACUCUCAUUUGCAUGAUGAUCGUCUGCUUCUUGUUCAUGUAUAACGUCUUCACAGUUUUUGUUGCGACCUUGGCCAUCACUUCUAUUUGCAUUGGUGAGAUUGAAAUUCCUUUUAUUAUACUGAAACCAGACAUUUAACAGGUGUAUUCGGGUUUCUUUCGCUCUGGGGAAUAGAUCUGGAUCCUAUUUCGAUGGCUUGUACUAUCAUGAGCAUUGGAUUCUCUGUCGAUUUCCCGGCUCACAUCACUUUCCAUUACUUCAGAGAAGGACUUCAUGAUCCUCAAUCAACACCAGCCAAGAGAGUAGCUAGGUAGAAGAGUAAACGGGAUUCCAUCGGAAGGAACAAAGUUAAUUUCAGGUCACUAGAAGCCAUUGGAUUCCCUCUGCUCCAGUGUGGAAUAUCAACGAUCCUCUUCGUGCUAUGUCUUCUGUUCGUGCCCACUUACAUGGGAGAAGUGUUCGUGAAGACGAUGAUUCUCGUGGUGACGCUCGGACUCAUCCACGGACUUUUCAUCGUUCCGGCCUUCCUGUGCGCCUUCACAGCCAUCCACCACGCGUGCUGCUCCUCAUCCAAAGUUGCACAUUCCCAGGUGACAGCCAACCGUCUCCCUUCCAUUCAAUUCCCCCCUUUUCAGUCGUUCUCCUCGCUGGCCAAGCUCUUCUCGUGGAGGAUUUCCCCAUCGACAAGCGACAAUAAAAUCUCAGCCUAG